UAUUGUACCUGCUGUCGACUGUCAUUACCCGAUUGUUGGUUGUUUGUUUACCGUUUCUGCAAGCAAACAAAUCUAGAAGGCAAGCGAAAUUUGAACGCAUUCCUGUUUGAAUUUGUACACGAAGAUUCAAGAUGGUGGUAAUAAGUGUAAGCAGAUUUACCGAAAUACAGAACUUUAUCCGUAACUACAACGGCUUGUUUGUUAACUGCAAUUUGGAGCUGGAAGCGAAAUUUCCCGAAUACUCCUCGGACACGCUGGGAAGCAUUAUCGGGAAGGAGGUACUACAGCGCGUCAAGUCAAACCAUUCCAAAAUAAACGCCAGAGCAGCUUCGCUUAUUAAAGAAUAUCAAAGCAUUGCCAAGCAAACGUUAGCUCACGAUGUGCUCCAGAAAAUGGCUAUCCAAUUGCGCAUACCGUCGAUGGUGCUGUGUCGGAUCUUACUAGGGAAAUGUUUUCCAGAAGCAUCGAAAUCGGAGAUAAGUGAGAUGAUGCGUAUGCCCGACUUGAUUCCGGACUCGCUGUUGGCAGUGAAUGUGAGCUAUUGUUUGUACAGUGAAACCAUGGAUGGUCCAAUCACUGAUCUAGUGCGAAGGUUCAUUGGUGAAGAGUACGAGGUACGGCUGAAGAAGAUGGCCCGUGAGACUGGUAUGGUUUUCUACGACGAGGGAGAUCUGCGUCGCACGGGCUAUGACAAGACGCCGGACCUGAAAAUGGCGGUGCCAUUUAUGUUUCGUGGCCAGGUGAUUAAUUGGAUCGAGAGUAAAGCAUCGUUCGGGGAUAUGGAUUCUCACAAACGAUACGUCAAGGAUCAAUUGUCAAGCUACGGGAAUCGAUUCGGACCUGGCAUCGUUAUUUACUGGUUUGGCUAUCUAGAGAGUAUUGUGGAUUGUCCCGAAAACGGUAAUUACGUGAUAGUAACCGAUGGAUUUCCUGCAAAAGAUGAAAUGGAAUUUAUCAAGUUUGAUCUACCCGCAUUCGAAGAAGAAACACAGUAGCACGAUCGUGAUAGUUAAUGAUACAAACAGAUUAAAUAUAUGUAUUCUUAAAUUUAA